CUAAGCUAUAGAUUGACAGAAUAAGAAGGAUAUCUUCUGUGUAGAAAUAACACAUUCCAUAUUCUACUAAUUUAUGUACAAGUUUUAUGUUACUUAUACUUUGUUAAUCUGUCUAAAAUUUUAAAGAUCAUGUCGAAUACUACUGACAAAAAAGAAUGUGACCUGCUUGAAGCAGAUGCAACUCGCAAACGUAACUGUGAAACUCCUGAAGAUGAACCUCCCAGAAAAGUUUCUAGAGCCUCAGGUAAGACUUUGUCACAAAUAGAUGAUGGAAGUAUGACGCCUUUGCAUAUGGCUGCAUGGAGUGGUUGUGUUGAGGCAGUCAGGGAGUUGCUAGCCGCAGGCGCCGACACUCGUGCCCAAAAUUCAAAGGGUUGCACACCCUUGCACACAGCUCUGUACUUUAUGGAGGAGGAAUCGGCAGAGUGUCUUGUAGAUGCUGACAGCAAUAUCAAUAUCACUGAUAAAGAUGGGCAGAGUCCUUUGCAUGUUGCUGCUAAAUAUGGCUACGAUACAAUUGUGAGAAAGUUGCUGAUUGGUGGAGCUGAUCCCAACCCCCAAGAUGUGAAGGGUAAAACUCCUUUGCAUUACGCUGCAGAGAGAGAAUUCGACAGCACAGUAAGGGAACUACUGUAUAACGAUGUCCACCCACACAUAAUUGAUGAAACAGGAAAAUAUCCUCUAGACGUUCCUAUUAUUCUGAAAUACUAUAAAGUUGUGAAAAUUAUUCUUUCGGUGUAUGCCUUCAAGGACAUCGUGAUCAACUGGAAGGAAUUUAACUUUAAGCCGAGAAAGACACAGUAUUGCAUCGAACUGUUGUCAAAGUGUUACGCGGAGAGUCAGCGCAUGAAGGAAAGCAAGGUGUGCGGGUGUAACUUUUCUUACCAUGACCUUGCCAGUGGAAAUGUGAUAAAGGUAGCACAGUGUCUUGAGAACAAAGCCGUCAGGGAUGCAUUACAUCAGGACUUUAAGCAAGACUUUCCGAACUAUGCCGACCUGAUUUCUUACAACGUUAGAAAGGCAGAAAGAAGGAAGAUCUUGGUUGAUCAGUGUCUGGGUUGCUUUGAUAUUUUGUCUAAAAAGUUGCCCUCUCUGCCUAGGUUAAGCUUGGACACAAUAUUUGUUUAUCUGAGAGAGCAAGACCUGCAAAAUUUCAUUAAGGCUUUCAAAUAAGUUUGUUGGAAUGACUUUGUUUGAUUUUAUCAUCAGGUUGAUAUUUACUAGUAGGGCUAGAAUGUUGAUAGCCUAAGAAUUCUUAAAAAAUAGCCUUAAAACGAAAAAAAAAAAAAAAAAAAAGCUUCUAAAAAUCAGCAAAAACAGCCUCAGUAAUGCCCUAUAAAUUAAAAAAUAAAAACCUACACAGCUUUUUUUUUAAUUAUAAAUUGUAACAUAUCUAUAAAUUUGAAAUAAAAAUAUGGACAUCUAUUAUGACAAAUUUAAAAAAGUAAUAAUUAAAACAAUAAUAUAUAUAUAUAUAUAUAUAUAUAUAUAUAAAAUUAAGCAAACAGAAUUACAAAA